AUCUUUCUCUUGGAAUUUUUGAAAUGCGUUUACGUGUGUUUCCACUCAGAAGUUCAAUACUUCAUUGAUGUCUCAUUGAUGUCUUUAUGAGAGUAAACUUCUAGAUUUGGUUAUCUCCACUUCAUGAGCUUGGGAUACUUAUAAUCUUCUGAAACAAGGUUCCAAAGUACUAAAAAUGGCCUUUGCUGCUACUGAUAAAGUUGUUCUAGGCUCAGUUGCUUUUGCAGUCUUCUGGGUUUUGGCUGUUUUUCCAGCAGUUCCAUUUCUCCCCAUUGGUAGGACUGCAGGCUCGCUCCUUGGGGCCGUGCUCAUGGUAAUAUUCAGAAUUUUAACUCCAAACCAAGCGUAUGCUGCCAUAGACCUGUCAAUUCUAGGCCUUCUCUUCGGAACCAUGGUCGUAAGCGUCUAUCUUGAAAGAGCCGACAUGUUUAAAUACUUGGGCAAAUUGCUCUCAUGGAAGUGCCAGGGUACAAAGGACUUGCUUUGCCGUAUCUGCUUUAUUUCUGCCAUUUCGAGUUCUCUGUUCACCAACGAUACCAGUUGUAUUGUUCUGACAGAGUUUGUGCUCAAAAUCGCGAGGCAAAACAAAGUUCCUUUACAUCCGUUUCUACUUGCUUUGGCAUCGAGUGCAAAUAUUGGUUCUUCUGCAACUCCAAUAGGCAACCCUCAAAACUUGGUUAUUGCUAUUCAAAGUGGCAUCUCUUUCGGAAAAUUUGUAGCGGGAGUUAUUCCUGCUAUGCUUGUCGGUGUUGUUUUGAAUGCUUUAAUACUUCUGGUUAUGUACUGGAAGGUUUUGUCGGUCGAAAAGGAUGAAGAACAAGGUUCAGUCGAAGUGAUCUCCGAGGUAGAUGUGAAUUCUCAUCAAUUCUCGCCUGCAACUAUGUUGCAUCUGGCGUCGUUGGAUUCUCAAGGAUUGAAUCCCACAGCAGGUGCUAUUGACCAGCUUAAAAAGAGAUCAAGUUCAAGGGAAGAUGCAAUUCCAGUGCAGUCUAUGAUGGAAGAAGAGGGGGAUUUGGCCAACGGAGGGAAUAGAUUGUUGAGGAAGAUGUGUGUUUAUCUUGUUACCGUAGGAAUGCUUGCUGCUUUUCUUGUCGGUUUAAACAUGUCUUGGACUGCAGUCACGGCUGCACUUGUUCUCGUGGUCCUUGAUUUCAAAGAUGCAUGGCCGUGCCUGGAAAAGGUUUCCUACUCUCUCCUUGUAUUCUUCUGUGGAAUGUUUAUCACGGUCGAGGGCUUCAACCGAACUGGGAUACCUAGCACUUUCUGGAACUUAAUGGAGCCCCACGCACGUAUCAAUCAUGUCAGCGGCAUCGCAGUGUUUGCCCUUGUUGUACUGGUCCUUUCGAACAUUUCUUCAAACGUACCAACCGUUCUGCUGCUUGGAGCAAGAGUGGCAGCAUCUGCAGCAGCAAUAUCACCAAUUGCAGAGAAGAAAGCAUGGCUUAUAUUGGCAUGGGUGAGCACUGUUGCCGGAAACUUGUCGCUGCUGGGUUCGGCUGCCAACCUGAUUGUUUGCGAGCAGGCUCGCCGUGCUCAGCUUGGCGGCUACACCCUCACAUUCUGGAGGCACCUCAAAUUUGGAGUUCCAUCUACCCUUAUAGUCACCGCGGUUGGCUUGGCUCUCGUUAGGGGCUAAGAACAUGUAUUUUGGGAAGACACAUUCGUGUUUUGUGGUUGUUUGUAGAAAAGUUUUUUAGAACAAGUAAACACUUUGCAUGUCCAUAUCUUGGUUGUUUCACCACAGCUUUAUGGAGGCAUCUCAAGUUUGGAGUUCCUUCUAUCCUUAUGGUCAUCGCGAUUUGACCCGGCUCUCAUUUCGGGUUAAGAGCGUUCAAUAUCGGGAAAUCACUCGGGUAAAAGGUGAAUGAUAUCGUUCUGUAUCUUGUUCCUUUUUUCACAACAACGAUAAUAAGAGAAACAUAAGCC